UGCAUUAGUUUAAUGAGGUGUUUGCAGCUGGAGACUCGGUUGCCAAGAAUCCUGGUUUACAACGAGCAGCUUUGCAAAGAUGGGGUUUGCCAGCUUAUUGUACCCGAGCAGUAACUGUCUUCCUGCCUCUCUUACUUUAGAGGUCUAGUAACAAGAGCAUCGCUUCUCCCACGCCACCACGAUCUGAAGAGAGGGAAAUGCAGUCUGCAAUGAAAGUGUCGUCAGAACACACUCCCGGACGGAGAGGGAGGAAGCCGGGGAGAAAGCGGAGGCAGGAGCUCCUUCAGUCAGCCUACAAACUGGCCGUGCAGAGUGCUGCGGCAGCUGCUCCGAAAGCUAUUAUACCCCUGAAAAUACCCAGGAAACGAGGACCAAAACCUGGAAGCAAGAGGAAGCCCCGUAUUCCACAAAAUCCUCCACCCAUCUCGCCCACCUUAAGCACUCCAGAGCCAGACACCAGCACUGUUCCUCAGGAUGCCGCGACUAUUCCCAGUUCAGCGAUCUCCCAAGCACUGACAGUUUGCAUUUACGUCAACAAACACGCCUUUGCUGGUCCGCACCUCGACAAGAAGAAGUUGCAGCAGCUUCCAGACCACUUUGGGCCUGCCAGAGCUUCGAUGGUGCUGCAGCAGGCAGUCCAGGCUUGCAUUGACUGCGCCUAUCAGCAGAAGGCAGUCUUUUCCUGCCUGAAGCAAGGUCAUGGCGGUGAACUGAUAUCAGCUUUCUUUGAUGGAGAACAGCACACCCUUAGUCUUCCAGCAGUCAACAGUAUCGUCUUCAUCCUGCGCUUCCUGGAGAAUCUCUGCCACGGCCUGCACUCGGACAACCUCUUCAGUAGCCAGCCCUUCACUACACACAAUACAACCUCGCAGACCUCAGUGGAAUAUGAGAGUGACAGGAUGCAUGCAGAGACGGUGAUAUCAGAGGAUGACCUCAUCGGAUCUGUGGAGAGCAGAUUUGCUGUGGACUCCAUAGAUGGUUCCCUCCACUCAAUGAACGCCCGCAGUCCGUCGAGGCGUAACUCUGGAGACCACAGGAGUGCGGGGCCCGUUCCGUACAACUACCGCGCAUCCUACCAGUCCUCCAGUGGGCCCCCUUCCGCGGGCCUGCGACGGCUUUCGCCCAGCGUGGCUGGUGGCGCGGCGUUCUAUGAGGGCAAGGAAAGUGGUAAUGCAGUGACUAGUCCUGCCUCAGGCCCUGAACGUCACAUGCUGCCGCAGGACACGCUCCGGUCAUACAGCAGGCAUCCGUCUACCUGGACUGUGGAGGAUGUAAUGCGUUUUGUCAGGGAAUCUGACCCUCAGGCUCUGGGUCCACAUGCUGAGCUCUUCAGGAAGCAUGAGAUCGAUGGGAACGCUUUGAUCUUGCUGAAGAGUGACAUGAUAAUGAAGUACAUGGGACUGAAGCUGGGCCCAGCUCUGAAGCUCUGCUACCAUAUUGAUAAACUGAAACAGGGCAAAUACUGAGCGGAGGGGUACACAUGAGCAGUACAAGUGGAUGACAAGUCCUGUCUGUCUUGUUCUUGUUUUGUUUCUAUUCCUGUCUUUGAAGGUGCACUUUCUUCCUGCUGAAGUCGUUCAAAAGCCUUCUGAUAUGUUUGGCGAGAAGGGCUUGGAUUAACUUGACGCCUUGCAGCGGGACCACACACAAGGGCUGGUUUGUGGGUGAUUUUUAUCUGUGGUUUCCUUCCGCGCGCACAAAAACCCGACAAACGUCAGCAGUGCAUGCGCUGAGUUAUCAAACCUGGAAUUCCAACCAAAAUACCUGAGACGUUUUAGCUGACCCCGGUUCCUCAUUGUGAACUUAAUCUCCUGGAGGUAUCAUUGAUUAAGUGGGUGUGUAGUAUUAAUGUACAAAUGCCAGACUGAAUGAACGAUGGCCUUUAUGUAAGGUGUAUAGUGCAACAUAAUCUAAAUUUAAUUUUAAGGUGAACGAUAUUGCUUUUAAGAAGUUAUAUUGAACAGUGUAAAUAAGUGUAUAAUUCUCUGCUACUGAAGGUUAAUAUUUUGCUUAGCAAACUCCUGGCAUCAGUGGAUGGGAUGAUCAGUUGUUAGAUGAUUCCAGAAAGCAGCAAACUGGAGAUUGUACCUUAUUUUCAAAAGUAUAUCUUUGACACCUUGAGCUUUGUUCUGUAUAUAGUCACAAUGAAUGGCGCAAGAUCUCUUCAAAGUGAAGUUCCCCAGCACUUGCGUACCUGGUAAAUGAACUCAAGCAAAGAGCACUGACUAAACAGGCUUGCGACUACUGACUGUGGAAAUUAUAGAGAUGUUCAGAGUGAAUCUGUGGGUAUUUUAGUAGGUGAUUCUCUGAACAUUCAUCAGAUCAGAGCUGAAAGCAGAACAUGAAUGGUUGUUGCUUGGUAUGGGAUUACAUCAGCCAGCGUACACUUAGAGAAUGAGCGUAAACAAUUCACCAGAGAACGGGGUCCGCCAGCAAGUAUAUUCUCAGAAGUGGGGCAAGCCAGGCAGUGCACGGCGGGGAGAGGGGGUUAACUGCUGGUGUAUGUUGGGGAGUGAGGGAAUUGAAAUUUGCCAGCUGCCCAGGGAGUGGGUUCAGCCAGCUCAGGAAUGGAGGUAAUUGGCCAAUCUGUGCAGUCGCAGGCUCACUUUGGCAAAUGAGAAGCCACAGGUCAGAAAGAAGGAAGACAUUUUGGAGGUACAUGUAUGGUAAGGCCAUGGUGAAGAGAAGUCAGAUGAGACCAGGAAACUGGAGACUGAGGCAAAGGACAUCAGAAGUGUCACGAUGUUAGUGAAAUGUGACUGAGUCACGGUAGAAUAUAUGUGGUAGGGCUGAAAGAAAUGAGUUAGGUGGGACAAAAAUGGGCCUGGCUGGAUAGGGCAGGGUUGGGAGAGUGAGGUUGGAGGCUGUGCUUGAGGAUAUGAUAUCAGUGACCACCCAACGGACUAAGGCCUGAUGUAGACAAGGCCUACUUCAGCAAAGCCUUGUAUCCCCUCCAGAUUCCAGCAUUUGCAAACUCUGCGUCUCCAUACUUGUGUAACGUGCUUGUUACAUCCUCAGGACUUCUAUCAGCUGAUCCACCUUUUAAAACCAAAAAGGAAUAGAGUAAUUCAAUUUUCUCUAUUGGAGCUGGUUACAAUAUCUUCUCUGGACAGCACUGUGCAGUGCUUAAUUUGGGCUGCUGGCAGCUUUGGUUAAUAUACUGGAGCCCAUCUUGGAUGUGCCUGGACUCACACAGCCCGUCCCUCUACACCACAUUUCUGUAGCACCCUUACAGGCACUGCAGAACUUAUUGCCUCCCUGGAAGUUCCCCUCCUGCCAAAACUGUUAAGAGUACACUCUCUCUGGUUAUCAGUCAAUGAUAUAUAGAUGGGAGAUGAUGGAUGAUAUUUCAUUGUAUCUUCCUGUCACUAUAACCCCCUUCCCCUUCCUCUUCUCUCAUUGGAUCCCUUUUGCCAGUUGAUGUUCCUCCACAAAGCUGAUUAGAAGUCAGCCAGGGUAUCUAUGCAGUAGUAGAGAAUUGGAUGCACCGAGUCUGCCAGAUCAGGCUAUAGAAACGAAGCACAACUGAAAAGGAAUACCUCUGCUGGAAAAGCAACUUCUCUAAUCCCUGAAUAGAGCUGCAAGCUUUAGUAACAAACUGUCCCAAUCAAUGGGAGCACUGUAGCAAAGAUUCCAUUACAGAUAGGGUUACACAAUAAGCACAACAUUGGUUCAAUGAGCAUGGAUUGUUUCAUUCACACUACAGAUUUCAACACAAAGUGCUGCUGUUCAAGGAACUUGGGCAAUGAAUUCAGGAUGUUUACGGUUGGAUUAGUUGCCCCACCACUGUAAUGAGACAGUACAUAAGGGAGCCCACUGUGAUUGGGAUCUUCAACAAUAGGGUUAGAUCAUGCUGUUCUCCUGGUUCCAUUUCUGCUCAUGACUUGUUAGCUUCUUCUGAUAGAACUUUGCCAUUAAAUGCACUAAGGGGCCGAAUGCUGCCUUUCACCAAUCAGUGAAACCACUGACGAGUUUUCUCAGGCAGAUUCGCUGCAGAGUACUUCAACGAGCUCCCAGCUAGGUCUGCACAGGGACCACAAAGAGACCGCACAGAUGCUGGAAUCUGGAGCAACAAACUACUCUCUGGAAGAACUCAACGGGUCAAGCAGCCUCCGUGCGAGGAAAGGACCGGUUUCGGGUCCUGAUGCAGGGUCUCGGCUGAACCGCCAGCAAUUCCUUCCCCCUUCCCACCGAUGCAGCUCGGCCUAGCGAGCUCCUCCAGCUGCAGUUCCAGUACCUGCAGACUCUUGCAUCUCCGAUCGGCCGCAGGAACAAGCGAGAGCAGCAUCUCCGGGGAAAGAAACUGUCGGCACUUCAGGUCAACAGUUCCUCACUUCCACCCCCAUAUGGGUUCCAUUUUAAUACACAAUUGAGCAAGGUGCCAACACCCUGCUUUUAAUGUGCCAGUCCCCAAUUUCAGAUGUGUUUACUAGCGACUGACUGGGCACUAAGCAGCUUCGACUUGGCAAAGGAGCUCAGUUUUGAGUAAAUGGUAGAUUUGGUUUUCCAGCUUUCCUGUCUACCCCAUUUACUGUUCAUGUGCUUCUAUUUCUGCAACAACUGCCGUACGGAGUAGAGCCAGUCCCUUUGGGAAUGUUAACACUCAGCAUGGUGGUUCUACUUUAUGCACACAACAGCAAGCGAAUCCAGGCAGUGGUGAACUAUCGUCAAGGUGCUUACAAUGAAAUGUAUUGUCGGCUCAAGCCCACAAAACUCAAUGGCCCAGCUGUUGAUGAAUGCUCAUGUAAAGAGCUGCAAGCUUUCAGUUUUAAAAACAGGGCUUCUAAGAAAGUUUUUGACCGGUAUUUGGGCGUAUACAGCUUUCACGAUUAUCAGGAACAAAUACUUGAUAUAGGCGUUCUUCUUGAUUUAUUUUAAUGUCACAGGUUUGACCCCAACAGAGGUUUGCCUGCAUUUGCCCCCCUCGAGAUUUGAGGGAAGGAGUCAAAGCUGCACCUAUCACUCACCCCAGCCACCCUGAGAACACACUGCGUCUAUGAUGCCAGUGGCAGGCUCUGUCCCAAGGGAGUCACCUGGGGAAGGGUCUGUGGGGGAAGAGUCGGGGCAAACAGCCACCGCUAUUCCAAUAAGAGGGAGCUCACCACUUCUUUUCCCUCUGUGGCUCUGCCCCACUCCCACUGGAGUCUCUGGAUCUGUGGGGAGCGUUGUGUAGGGUAUCCCCAGUCUGAAACGUGCAUCAUAGUCUUUGUGGUGAUUCUGGCCCUUGUUGUAAUGGGUUUGGCAGACCAGUACAGCAUCCAUUAGCCUCGCGAGACCAUGGAUCUGCGCCUGGAGAGUCCCCUCCAGGGCGCAGGCCUGGGCAGGGUUGUAUGGAAGACCGGCUGUUGCCCACGCUGCAAGUCUCCCCUCUCUGCACCACCGAUGUUGUCCAAGGGAAGGGCAAGGGCCGAUACAACUUGGCACCAGUGUCGUCGCAGGAGUUGCCAGAGCAAGAUUGAAGACAACGUCGGACUGUCUUAGGGACUCCAGCUCCGGAUUUGUCCUCAGGGUUUACUCCCGAAGCCUUUCCCAUGAGUGGGUAUGGCCGCAAGGCAGCGGAGGUUUGAAAUAGGAGUUUUCCCUCUCUUAGAUGGACUGCCUUCCCAGGCUGAUGAGCUCCAUCUACCUGAAGCAAUAAAGUAUAUUAUUCCCAUUUCUCUCUGUGUCUAUUCCAGAUAUCAGAUCAAUAGUGCAGGCUUUACACAUUACAACCAUGCCAGUUAAUAUUAAUCACCACAAUCUCAGUUCUGCUGCUGGGCCUUUCCGUUCCAGUUCAGACCUUUACCUCCAGCCAAACCUCAGUUGGAAUCUUCAGAAUCUCUUUGUAUCAUCUCCACUGUUAUGUCCUAGUCUCACGAUCUCUCUGCUCACAGUCUACAUCCCUCUAUUCCCUGCCUUUACUUGACUGGCUGCACUGAAUUGGUCUGUAGAUUCCUUGUCCCUACAGGGUUCUCUUAUCCAGACAUUACUGGUCAUCAAAAAAGUGGUUUUCUUGAGCAUGAAUUGUUGUGUAUGCUUUCUGGAAAUGUGAUACUUCCCUGAGGAAACUUUUCUGAUGAUACUGCAUAAUUACCUGCAUGCUGAGGGAGUAUAAACCUUUUUUUUUCCAAUUCUGGGUUAUAUUUAUUCACCCUUAUGAUGGUCUGCACUAAGGGGAAGUCAGCAAUGUUGACAAAUUCCCAUUUCCCAUGGUAUCUGGCGGCUGUCACUGAUGUUCAAAUUGAUGAAAUCGCUACUGCACCAGUACAAUGUGUGGGUGAAUGGUGCAGUGGUGAAGAUUAUAUUAGGAGAGGUGGCAUAGAUCUGCAGGGGACCUAGAAAGAGGGAGCAGUUCAGGACCAAGACCAUGGUCGAAGGUCUCCGCACAGCACUUUACACAUCUUUGGGAAACCUGAGUAUGCCUAAAUAUUGGUCUCACUGUCAUCGAGGAGGUUCAGAUAAGAUGCUAUAAUAUCUUUGAGGACUAUGUAAGUCGCGUCGUCACCGAUGGGAACAUCUUUGCCCCCUGUCCCAGGUUCUCUGAACUACACUGAAUUACCUUCAGUAAUGAAGGAGUUGCCAGCGGUGACACCGCUGAGGCACCUUUUUGACGGGCCUCUCAAUGGACGAAUGCUGCCUGUAGCUGCCCAUCCAGUUCUCCCAGUGGCAGCAAAAUGCCCCUUUUAGUACUGGCAAAUGCAACGUUGUGUAAUGUUCUCCUUGUACUCGGCCAUAGGAUGUUUCUUUCUGGCAUUUAUGCUGGCAAUGAACGAAAUAUGUGGGUCAGUGAAGAGUAAAGUCAUUUGGUGCUCAACUGGCAUUGGGAAAAUAUCUAACCCAUUUUAAUAAAUUUUAUGCACAUUCCACAAAAAAAUAGCACUGGAUCAAAUGUCUAAGCUGAAAUGUUUAGAGUAUUGAGAAGGAGUAUAAUUCAAUUCCUAGAAAUGCAAGCUAACAUUUGCUGAUAGUAUUAUUGGACAAUUAUUAAGCAGUACGGGCUGCUUAUUGAUUACCCUUCCCAGUUGUUGUUCCUAUCACCACAAAGGCUGCAUAACCAGCAUCUCAUGUGUUUUACACUUAUCCGUUGAACUAAAUUGCUCCCCUGAUUCAGAAAAAGUAUCAGCGCUUUUAAUAACUGCAUGAAGUUUGAAUCCCUAGAAGUGCCAGCACAGAUUUCAACUGGAUGUGAUUUCCUAAUUCGACCAUUUUGUACCCAGAGCUUAUCCUCGAGGUAACGUCAAUUCUUUGUCUGUAAUUUGAACAGACAAGCAGCUGUUACAUCAGAGUAUUUUGCAGAAGAUAUUAAACAUAUAGGGCUAGAAAACAUAACCAAUCAAAAUCAAUGUUAGCACUUCCCUGGUCCUUUGCAGUCUGAAAUAAAUAAGGAGUGCUUAUUAUGAACCAGUGAAAUAAUUGUCUUUAUCUUGUGGUAUAUAACAUUACAUUGUGUUAUAUAUUCUAUCUUGUGAUAUAUGUGUACAUUUACCCUCUAAAGUGUGUAUAGUACUCUUGAUGCUUGCUUGUUUAAUCCUGUAAUGUGUAUAUUGUCCAGUGCUGUGCACAUUAUACUGUGCCAUAUUUACAUGCCAUUCUGCGAUGUUUGCAUUAUCCUGAAAUCCAAGAACACAUUAUACUACCUUCUCAUACAUUACUUACUCCAUCCGGCUUUGCUUCCCUUGUCGUUAAUUUCUCUUUUUAGUCUUUAUUUAGUUGUUCUCAGCAAAUGGUUCUCAGCAUUAAAUUUUCUUUUACAGAUACCUCAGUCUUAUCUCUGACACAGGCUAAAUAGAUACCUCAGCAACCAUCGCAGUAAAUAAGCUAGCACCUACCAUUAUGGAGAAUAGCUACCGUGAUUCCAGUCAGCUAAUAUUACUGAAUGAUUCACAAGCUACAACUGGUGUCAGAAUAAACAGACAUCUGUGCAUAGACGUAUCCAGCAAACACUUGUAUACAUAGAAACAACCUCACACUUGUACACUAGAAGACAUAAGUAUGCAUAUACAAAGACACACACGCAGUCACAGACAUACCUUCUAUCAACCUCUCUUUCUAAGGAAGCUGCAUAUUUCACUUUAAGGCCUUGCCAUUGCAUGGCCCAAGAUCCCAGUACAAUCCACACUGGAACAUUAAUCGUUGUGAUGUAAUUUGUGUAAGUGUGUUGACUAAUAACCACCAGUUAUUAUCUGGGAAAUAUUUCACUCAGUAUCUGUGACAUUGUGCCAUCAUGCUUAAAUGGAACAAGUUCCAGUCAGUUACCUCAAACAUUUUCCAUAAAUAGCUGAUUUUACCGAGUUAAGUAACCUACUUUGAGUUUUCUAAAGUGGAGAGAUGAUAAUAGAUUUACAAAAGAUGUCAGCAAUGAUUUGGCAAUCUGAUUUAUUUUCAUCUUUUCUGGUGCUAGAUUAGUGAUGCCAAUAUCUAUCAUAAAUGGUUAUAACUUACUGACAAUGGGAAUAAUUGGAAAUAAGAUGUUAACUAAAGCUUUUAUAUAUUGCGGGUGUUUACAGAUUAGCAGUAAACUUCAGUAUUAUAUAGGCUUAACAGCUGUUAAAUGUUGUAAAACUGGAGAAUUACUAUACAAGUUCAGCAUUUUUUGGUUUCUGUGCCAAUGCCUGCCUGAGUUUGGAAAGUUCAGAUUUUCUAUUCUUUUUCUAGAAUUAAAACUGGACUUCAUGUUCGUCAAUCUUUACAGCCAAUUGCCAUGGUUGCAAUAAUCGACUGUAUUCAUAAUUGGAAGAAGGAGAGACAUUUCCAGUUUUGUUGUAUAGUCAGAAUUCAGAGUUAGUGUGUUUCUGUAAGGGUGAAAGGUAAGGACAGCAAGUCCAGGGAAAUCUGGAUGCCAAGGGGUAAAAAGGGAUUUAUAAAGAAAAAGCAGGGUGCAUAUGCUAGUUAUAAGACAUUGGAAAUUGGGUGGCUCUUCAGUUAAAAGUGAGAAUAGGAGGGAAUACAAGGUCUAUAGAAUAUCACAGAGGAAGUACCAGGCAUUUUGUUAAUAGGAGGGUAGCCAGGGAAAGAGUGGGGGUCAUUAGGAGCCAUGGGGGCAAUUAGCGCAUGAAGCCAGUGGAUAUGUGUGAGGUCUUAAGUUAAUGCUUUUCAUCUGUAUUCACUGAAGGGAAAGAUGUUGCAGCUGUAGAUUUCAGUUGGGACAGCGAAAUUAAUGAGGAGGAGGCAUUAGAUAUCUUUGUGGGCAUUGAGGUGGAAACUCCCCAGGUCCUGAUUAGAUGCCUUCCAGGUUGCCAUGAUCCUGAUGGAGGUACAGUACUUAGAUCUUUGGUGGCCACAGGUGAGAUGCCCGUCGACUAGAAGACAGCGAAGUAAAUAUGAUACCUUUAUUCGAAAAGAGACAGCAGAGGUAAGCCCAAUGAAUCCAAUGUCUGUUGUAAAGAAGACGUUUGAAAAAAAAAAUUGACAAAUUAAUCCACACCUUGAAAAGCAGGAGUUGAUCGAGGAUAGUUAUCACUGCUUUGUUGCUAGGAGAUCGUAUCUAACCCACGACUAUGUUUUUGAAGAGGUAACAAAAUGUAUUAAUGAGGGCAGUGCAAGUGGUGUCGUCUUCAUGACUUCAGUAAGAACAUUGACAAGGUCUCAGGUGGAAGGCUAGACCAAGAGGUGAGCACUCAUGUGAUCCAAGGCAAGUUGCCGAACUGGAUCCAAAACUGACUUUGCAAUAGGAUAGCAAGGUUGAUGGUGGGGCUUGUUUUAUAUAUUUGGAAACUGGUGUCCAGCAAUUUACCGUCGGUACAGCUUUCCCUUUAAACAUUAAAAACCUACGUGUGAAUAUAGGGGGAACUGUACAAAUCAUUCAUCUGCAGCUGGGUGCUGGUGUUGGUAGUGAUGAGGACGGCAGGGUGAUUUUGAUCAGCUGGCAAACUGCAGAUGGAAGCAAGUGUAAGAUGAUGCAUUCUGGGAAAACAGAAGCUCCUUGAUGUACCAGUCUAAAGAUUCCUGUAGGUGGCAGCAGAGGUAUACUGGGUGGCAAAGAAGGCAUUUUGGGUGCUUGCCUUCUAGUUUACAAGUGCAGAGAGGCUUAACUGGAAUAUUGUGUGGGUCUCCUGUUGCUACGCUGUAGGGAGGAUGUGAUUGUACACGUUAGGAUGCAGAGGAGGUCCAAUGGGAUGCAGCAGGUGGUUAGUAUCUGGAAUGCACUGGGUGAAGAAGUGCACUCACAACAUUUAAAAAGCACCUGGACUUGAAUCCUCAAGGCAUAAAGGUCAAACGGGAUUAGCACAGAAGGGGUCUUGAUGGUUGUUAUAGACACAGUGGGCCGAGGGGACUGUGCUAAAAGUCUAUAUGGUGGAGGGUUUCCUGUGAAAAAUCAGGAACACAGGGAGGGCCUCCCAUCCCAAUUUUCACCAUGAACUAGUGGUCAUUACUCACUAAGAACAACACAAUCAGAAAGUAACCCUUCAGAGUUUAAUUUACCCUUGUGUUGCCAUAUGCCGUAGGCUUUGGAAAAACUGGUGACAGCUUGGACUCAAAAUAAUGCAAACAUUCCCCCCUCAGACUGAGUUCUCAGAGAGUUCUCUGUCUGCAUCAUACUGCAUGCACUUUACAGUCACUGCCUUUAUCCUACUGAGUAUUCAGUACAAUUUUUUUGAGUGAAUUGCUGAUAAAUGUUUAUUAAUGCUAUGGUGUUUUCAAAGUUUAAGCACAAGUCAAGAGUUGUAAAGUUGAAUUGUCAUUAACUGUGAGGAAGCAUUGGGAAAUGAACUACUAUUUAAUAUGUGGUCAGGUGUCGUACAAGAUGAUUUGGAUUGCAUUUACUUUGGUUUGAGUCUAACGAGUAAAGAACACCUUGGAAGGUGAGAUGGACACAGUUGGAGAGGGACUGGGCCAUCUUGCCCUAUCUGGCAGGACUUGCUGCACUCCCAUCGUCCCAUUAUUGCCCAUAUUUUACAGCUCAGUCAGACGAAUGUUGACGAUAGUUCUGUAUGUUAAGUGGGAUUGUACGAGCAAUCCAUUUAGAUUGUUUCCAGCAUUUCAUUCCUGAAGCUUCUCACCUGCUCUGCUCCAGGCUGCACUACAUUCAGAUAUGUUUGCUGAUAUGAAUCUUGGUCUCCCUAACUUAAUCCAGUCGCUUAUUAAAAAUGUUAGGCCUUUACCGAAAUAGUCAUGUUUAAUUUAAAUAAUUUGAUUACGGUUUAUGGGAACAUAAAUUGCUGGAAAUAACUAAGAGGAAUGCUUUCAGAAAGUAAAAUAUAUCAAUUUCAUUGUUUUUUAUAAUAUUGGCACUCAAAUGUGAACAAAGUUAAAUGCAGCAGGUAGCAUUAUUUUCAUGGGUUGUUUACAAAAAUCCAUUUAUCAAUCUCCUUGUUUUUAUCCAGGGAGUUAAAGACGCAGGGGCAAUACCUGUAGCUUUUGAUAUCACCUGAAUGUUACCUAAUUAACAAAAACAGCACAAAGCUGGAAAUGCACAGCAGGUCAGGCAGCUCCUUUGGAAAGAAAAUCAGAGUUAACAUUUCAGGUCAGGAGAACCACCUCAAAAACUUGGGGAAAAAAAGCCAGUUUUGACAUAGGGCCUGUAACCUGAACUGUCAACACUUUUGUUUCUUUCAGAUACUGCCUGCUCUUUUUAUAUUAUUUCAGGUUUCCAGCAUCUGUAAUUUCUUGUUAUAAUCAUCUCCUUAUUUCCGCAAUUCAGUAUACUUGGCUUUGAAGGAUUAAGUUAUGAAUAACAGUUUAUCAUCAACUCUAUUAUUGAAACAGAUAAUGUUAAUUGUAUACUUGAAUAAUACCAUCUGUUCAUAUUUACCAUUCCAGAGUUUUAAGUUAUCUUUCCACAUCACAACAUUAAAUCCUCUCCACCUUUGUCUUGUUACUUCAAAUCAGUUCAACUGGCUACAAAUUCCUAUCAUUGCACGGAACAUUUGUCUAUUUAGUGUAAAUGGGAAUGAUAAUGGAAUGGCAGUGGUGUCACUCUCUAAAUAUGAAUGCAUACAGAGGUAUCACUGAUACCAUAGGAACGAUUUGACAGUUUUGCUGCAUCCAAGAUAAUUUGUGGCAAUGGACUCUAUUGAUGUCAUUGAUGCGCAGAGAAGUCCAUGCCAACAGCAUUAUUGCAAUCAGUGCCAAUGGUAUUGUUACAUAAAUAAUAGAAUGCCAAUAGCAUUAUUCUCACUAACUGCAAAUGAUCUGCGUGCUGUUCUUGAUGGGACAGGCAAUUAUAUCAAGAACAGUACAGAUGCCUUGUAAGCACUCAACAGUCUCACUACUAAAAUCAUGAUAAAUGCAGUGGUAUCACCACUGAUAUGAUCAUGAAUAGCAAUCGGGAUCACUGCAUAAUUAAUAAAGAGUAAUAUCUGCCAAGAUUGCAGUUAGUAUCCGUGAUAUCUCUAUCAAAUUCUCUUCAUUCUUUUGAAGGUGUAAAAUUUGUAUGUGCCGCUUUUUACUGUGUUUCUGAGAAAAAUGACAAUCACUUAUUGUAUUUGUUACCAAGUUUAAAUUAAAAAAAAAUCAAACAUG